GGAACCUGAACGCACCGCCUGAACGCUGCGCUGAGAGGAGACGCGUUAAAACAACCAGGACGACUGCUCCGACAGCUGAGCUAUGAUGCACAAUACUUCACCGAGAACAUAAUCCUGAGCUUCCUCUUUACCGACCACGACGGGACUGAAUCAAUUUUCUGCACAGAGUCUUCUGGGUUUGUUCCACUAUCCACAAGAUGCAUAUGAAUAGCUUAUUAGAUCAUUGGACGGACAUCUCCAGGAUGUGUGACGUGGACGUGUCCUCUGAGCCCACUAGUCCUACCCUGUAUGGUGAGUCUUCAGACAAGUACUACCAUGUGGACCGCUGGCAGAAGCUCCGCACUGCUGUCCGCAAACUGGAGUUCUGGGAAAACUUCACAGCUGAGCUAAUCGGGAGCGGCUUCUUCUCCAAAGUCUAUAAGGUGAUUCACAGCACCAGUCGGAAAGUGAUGGUGGUGAAAAUAUAUAAAAAUGACGUGGACCAAGACAGCAUUGUACGAGAGAUCAGCCUGCUGCAGAAACUCUCCCACCCCAACAUUGUCAGAUAUCUAGGAAUCUGUGUCAAGGAAGACAAACUCUAUCCGAUCCUAGAGUAUGUAAAUGGUGGCUGUCUGGAGGAGCUUUUGGCCAGGAAAGACGUUCCCCUGUGCUGGAGAGAGAAGGUGGACCUGGCCUGUGAUAUAAGCAGAGGAAUGAUCUACCUGCACUACAAGAACAUUUACCACAGGGACCUCAACUCCAAGAAUUGUCUGAUUCGGGUGACGUCUCGGGGUCGGGAGGCCCUGGUGACUGACUUUGGCCUGGCCAGGGAGGUGGUGGAGCUGCCAGUCAAAGACCUUGGCAGGAAGCUGUCACUGGUGGGCUCAGCCUUUUGGAUGGCCCCCGAGAUGCUCCGAGGAGAACCUUAUGACCGCAAGGUGGAUGUUUUCUCCUUUGGCAUUGUGCUCUGUGAAAUCCUUGCCAGGAUCCCUGCUGACCCAGAGAUACUACCCAGAACACAGGACUAUGGACUUGAUGUGAAUGCAUUCAGGGAGCUGGUAACUGACUGUCCUCAGCGUCUCCUGGAGCUGUCAGCCAGCUGCUGUAUGGUGGAGUCCUUCAGACGGCCAGCAUUCACAGAGUUGCUGGAUGAGUUGGGAGAAGUUGCUGAGAGUCUGGAGCCUCCAGCAAAAUCUGAUGUGACCACAAGCUGAGUCGUCAGUCUGGGAUGCAGCAACAGGAUCAUAGUGUCUGCAAUUAUUCGUCACUGUUUGGACAGGAAACUGUACUGAACCUGAGCAAAAACAAAAACCUGAAUAUUUCAGCCCUCCUCCACUGCACAACACAUGAGCGUGGCUGAACUUCUCUAAACUGAGGUGGAGCAGACAUAUCAGAUGUGUUUUUGGAAGGCAGCGGAAACUCUCCUGACUUAUCAUGGACAGCUUGCUUUGACCCGUUUAUGUACAGGUGAAUAGUAGUUUGAAUUGCGUCUUAUUCGACUCAAAGAUCUUCUCUUCUCUUCACUUCCUUCUCCUUUCUGUAAAUCAUUUGUUUUUAACCAACAACACGGAUGAUCAAGUCUGGUGAUGUAUUUUCUGCCUCUUCUAUCUGCUCAUACGUCCCUUUUGACUCUACAGACCUGGAUAGAUUUAACGCUUCUCCAACAGGAAAUUGCAUUUGUAGACUGAGAAAGAACUUUCAACUUGAUACAUGCGACAAAUAAUACAUCAGGAGCUGAAGAGAUUUGAAGCUGUCUUGUAGACUUUGAGUGGAUUUGUGUUCAGGUUCACAAAUCAUCCAGUAUUCAUGAUUAUAUUUCAAGAAGUUCAAGAGUCUUUAUUGACAUUGCGCAUGUCAAUGAAAUUUUCAUUGCAACCCCCAUGUUAGGAACAGAUAGUAAGAAAGAUAAGAAGACUAGAAAGAAUAAAAUUAAGAUAACUACAAUAAAAUAAAAUAAACCAACAUGCAAUAAAGAUAUUUGUAAAGCAAUUAAAAAUAUAACAGAAUGAAAAUAUACUAAGGCAAUAAAAUAUACUUUAAUGUUGAUCUUAGAUAUUAUUUCCAAAAACAGUUUUCCUGAAUAACCCUGAACACCUCCAAGCUUUUCAGGAACAGGAAUAUUUUAGACCUUUAGUCUUUAUUCAUCAUCGUGAUUUUGAAUUUUUGAGUUGUGUGGUAGGUUUUACUUAAAAGAACCAUCAAUUCUCAUCAGAAAAUGGUUGUUUUCAAAAGCGAUAUGCACAAUUCAGUGUCCCCAUCUCUGUUUGAUUUGCCAUAUUUUCAAUUCAAUUUUAUUUAUAUAGCGCCAAAUCACAAUAAAAGUUGUCUCAGGACACUUUCCAUAUAGAUCAGGUACAGACCAAACUCUAUAUCUACAGAGACCAACAAUUCCCUCAUGAGCAAGCACUUGGAGACAGUGGCGAGGAAAAACUUCAUUUUUGCAGGCAUAAACCUCAAGCAGAAUUAGAACCAUAUUUUAUUGUUAUUUGUCAGAUUUUAUUAAGUUACUUUGAACUGAACAUGUGCAUGUAAAUAUUUAUGCUUUUCUCUUUUGCUUGAUACUGCUUACACCUUUUUUGGAAUUGAAAGGGUCCACAUUCUUUUGCGUUUGGUCUCACUGAUUUUUCAGACAGCUACAAUACAAAAUGAACUCUUACAGCAGCCACAUUUGUUUUUUGUUGUAUUAAAUUUAAAUUGCAAUGUCUGCUGGGAUCCAGCCCGUGACCCUAAAGGAUUAGCGAGUAUAGUCAAUGGAUGGAUUCAUAAUUGAUAUUUUUUGAUGGGAACAUUAAAGUUAUUUUUCAAAUGUCAGGGAUACAGGUUUAGUUUUCUUGCACAGACACACAAAAGCUAAAACAGGAAACAAUAUAAAAAAAGAAUAAUGAAAUAUAAGUGGCACAGAAACACUGGCAGGUUUUCACAUACAGAAAUAUAUCUGAAUUGGGAAACAGACUCACCAAGGAGAAGAAUGGCUAAAAUGGCAUACAUUUAAAAUAAUCUUAAACUUAAUUUCCUGUUUAGGCAGGCAGUUUUCACCAAACAAAUACAUUGUUUGCUCAGAGUGACUGUAAAAUAUUAAUCUGCAUUUAUGGUGCUUUUCUGAAGUCACUGUUUUAGUUAUCACAUUCCACAAUGGAAAACUGAUGGAACCAUUUUCAUUUUAUUUACUUAAAUAAAAUUAGAAAAAUAAAGAUUCAGUCCCAUUUCAUAUAAAAACCUGUGUAUAAUUCAUUGUGAAAUGUUCUUCAGUCACAUUCCAUAUUAGUGUUCAGUCUUCAAUGUGAUCACGUCUCAUCAUCAGGUAGAGACAACCAUGUUUUGCCACUGUUAGCCAGUUCUCUCAGAUUCAGUGAUUCUGAGAGAUCAGUGUUUUUGAUGUGGGAGACAACUCUUUGCUAAUAAAAAGUUACUUCUGUU